AUGGAAAGCGCAUCAGGUCGUGUGCAGGUCUGGGCACGUGUGCGACCACCCAUUGAACAGGACCAUGGCCCUUGUCAUGCGGUGGAUUGCAUCGAUAAGACCGUUCGUGUGCGCAAUGAUGUCGACACGGUCGAGCGGAUGCUGGCCGGACAGGCGGAGACCUCGCCCAGUGAGCCACGGGAGUUCGCCUUCGAUGGCGUCUUCGGGGAAUCCUCGGCACAGCGCGACGUCUUUAUGCAAAUCGGCCUUCCUGUAUUACGUGAGGCCCUGAGGGGCAUCAACGGCACCAUUUUAGCUUAUGGCCAAACCGGCUCUGGAAAGACGCACUCGCUCCUCCACCAGUCGGCAAAGGGUGAGGAAGCUGGACUGCUGCCACGGCUUGUGGCAUCCUUGUUCCUUAUGAUCUCCCAAGACGUUGCCAACGUCUAUGAUGUCGAAGCAGCAGCAGUGCAGGUCUAUAACGAACAAGUGGACGACCUCUUGAAUCCAGACCACCAAAAUGGACAAGGCAAUAACUUGAACGUCCGUGAUGGUGGCAUCGUAACGGGCUUGAACUGGAUUCGAUGUAUGAAACCCGAUGAGAUGCUCGAAGCCUUCACAAGAGCUCGGGCCAAUGUGGUCUAUGCGGAGACGAAAAUGAACAAGGCCUCGAGUCGGAGUCACGCCAUCUUCCAGCUGCGGAUCUCCAAGCGCGAGCGGGUCUUCGAGGCUGCCAAGACAGGUCAGAAGGUGGAGUGCACCAUCGCCAGGCUGAAUGUGGUGGAUUUGGCGGGCUCAGAACGUGUGAAGAAGUCGGGCUCUGAAGGCAUGCGAUUUCAGGAAGCAACCAACAUUAACCGCAGCUUGUUGGCCUUCGGGAAUGUUGUCAGCGCCUUGGCAGCUCGCAAAUCGCAUGUGCCAUUGCGAGAUAGCAAGCUCACCAGGAUUUUGGAUGGAUCCAUUGGCGGAAAUUGUCGCACCUGCCUACUGGUUUGUGUCAAUUCGGCCUUCGAGCAUGUGGGAGAGACUUUGAACACCUUGGAGUUUGCAUCGCGAGCGAUGCGUGUGGAGGUGGAUGCAAAGGUCAAUACUGCCCUGGUCGAAGUUAGUGCCAAGAAUCUCCUGGCGGAUCUCAAUCCUGAAGCUCAUGAGUUUGGGAAGAAGGUCAUGGCGGACAAGAAGGAAAUCGAGGCUUUGCGGAAGCAAUCUGCAGAGGCCGCGGAGCAGGCGAAGAAGGAGGCAGAGAAACGUGAGAAGGCAGUGCAAGAAGCUGAAGGCCAUGUGAAGAAGUUGCAGCAGGCGGCGCACAGUCAAGAGUGUCGUCCUGGAGAAGCCUUGGUGCUCCGGUGGCAGUUGCGGUUCUCCGAAGAUCUGGCACCCGGUGCCCAGCUGCAGCUGAGGAAUGGCCAGGCGAGGUGA